UCCGUCUGCAGAGCACAGAGAGACAUGGCGUCUGCUUUAUACUCCCAAGAUCUGACUUGUCCUAUUUGUUGGACUAUCUUCACAGAUCCAGUGACUCUUACCUGCGGACACUCCUUCUGCAGAGAAUGCAUUACAGAUGUUCUGAGUUCACAGCACCGCUGUCCACAGUGUGGGACAGCUGUUCCAACAGAACGUCUUCCGACCAGCCAUAUACUGAAAAGCCUCGCUGAAAAGGCCAAAGAAGCGGAGAAGGUAAAGAAAAGGAAGGAGAAAGCAGAGGUGGCUGAGUUGUGCCUUGAGCAUGAAGAAAAGCUGAAACUGUUCUGCGUCACAGAUCAGCAGUUAGCGUGUAUCAUAUGCCGAGAUGGGGACACGCAUGAAGGACACAAGUUCAAACCAAUCAAAGAAGCAGCUGCAUCUCUGAGACAGGAGUUGGAGAAGGGUAUGCAGAACCUUUGUGGUGAUAUCCUUUUUAAGCAGGGCCUGGCCAACACACAGAGGGAUGAAAUAACUAAAAACAAAGAGAAGUCUCAGCAGCUGAUGACCCAAAUCUUCAGACAGUUUGAGGAGAUGCACCAGUUUCUAAGAAAGAGAGAAGAUGAGAUAAAGAAUGAGCUGAAACACAAAGAGGAAGAUGCUGCUGAGAAAAUGAGAGAGAGAUUAAAUGCUAUAGAAACAGCUUUGUCUGAGAGCAGACAGCUGGAGGGAAAGCUGACAUCAGUUCUGAAAAUAGAAGACUCUGCGAGACUCUUAAAGAGCUGGACUGAGUGUAACAGCAGGAUGAGUCCAGAACAUGUAUUCAGGCCCAAAGCAAAUGAUCUCCAAGUGGUGAAUACCUCUCUCUCUUUGGGGCCUUAUGAAAGCCACCUGCAGUUCUUCAUAUGGAAGGAGAUGCUUCAGGUAAUCCAGCCUCGAGCAGAGCUGCUCUCACUCAAAAGCAACAGUACAGAUAUAACUGUGUCUGAUGAUGGGCGGAGUUUGUUUUGUACUCCCGAAAGCAACCAAGCUUCAUUAUUUUACUCGUCUGAUGAUGACUACGACACAGAAUCAUACCAAAACACAGGCUAUGGUCGGAGUAUCUUAACAGGACCAGGCAAACCCCAAAGCUUUGGCGCCUCCGCACAAUUAGGCCAAAACAGAGCCUAUGAUUGGCAUGCCUUAAGAAAAUCAGGCAAACCCAAAAGCUUUGGCGCCACCACACGAUCAGGCCAAAACAGAGCCUUUGAUCAGGGUACCUUUACAGGAUCAGGCCAAACCCAAGCCUCUUCAAGCACAAAGAAACAUGUGUUCAGUGUCAAUGAGUUCAGUUCAGGUCAACAUUACUGGGAGAUAGAGGUUGGACACCGGGACUACUGGGAACUAGGGAUAAAAGAUAAUUUCCUGAAAUAUGAUGGCAAGAAAUAUGCCACCUGUCGUCCAGAUAAAACCACCGAGCUAGAAUUUGGAGACAGACCUCGAAAGAUUGGGAUUUACCUAAACUGUGCAUCCAAGAAGCUCUCCUUCUAUGAUGCAGACAACAUGACACGUAUUCACGCUAUGAGCUCUCCUCUCAUGUCCAUGCCACUGUCGGCAUAUUUUAACAUUAGAGUCAGAGCACCAGAUCCAAACCCUCUGACGGUGUGCUGGUACUGAAGUCAAGAUCAAUAUCAUAACAAGUACCAGUUCGGUGUUAUAUUAGCAGCUUUUUAAAGAUACAGUGUGUAAGAUUAAGUAGCAUCUAGUGGUUUGGUUGCAGAUUGCAACCCUCACUCCUCCCUUUCCAUGACUACUGUAACGUGAGCCGCCGAGUGCAAAACUGGUUGGCCUCA